ACCAUUUAGCUCGCGCAAUGUGUGAAGGGUGGUAGGGGGCGCCUUUUGCAGGUGACCGCAAAACUGGGAGGUAUGCUGAUCUGAAUGUCAUUGUUAAUUACUUCUGGAGACCGUGUAUAUCUUUCAUGACUCUGCUGGCGUAUGUUGUUCAGUUGUGUCCAAGCAUAAACGUUGGUAACAGCACGAAUAUAAUACUCUGACCUAAAAAUCGAUUAAAGCGUAGCGACAUGGUAACUUAAAUGUACUUUCUGAAAUGUCACGGUGCUUUACAGCAAGGUCACUUACACCAGUGAUUACAAUGAAGUGUGGAGAUGAUUUUCAACAAUCUUUCAAAGCUGAAGAUGGAUCCUGACCUCAUCAUCACAAGGACGUCCAAUAAUAUAUCUGGGCAGAUGAUGGGCGAAUACGUCAUUGGUCACAUCAUAGCCCGAGAAAGGAACUUCCUUGGCCUAGCGGACUGCCAACAAAACUGUCUAUACGAGCAGAACAAGUUCUGGCCGUAUCGCGUACUGACAGAUCUGUCAAUUGGUAUUCUUGGCUUGGGAAACCUGGGCACGGACGUCGUCCGGAUGGCCAAGGCGAUGGGCAUGAGUACUUGGGCCGUUCUGCGAGACCAGCGGUUCUCAUCAGGAGAUCAGCAGUGCUCCCACGUAGAUCACGUUAGACCCGUUUCUCGAAUGGAGGAAGCCCUGAGGGAGGUAGAUUACCUUGUGUCCUUGUUGCCAUCAACUCCCGACACACGAGGACUGCUGUCUGGGGAGACUCUCAAAGCCUGCAGAAACAAGAAAACUGUUUUGAUCAAUCUGGGACGAGGAGACAUCAUAGAUGACGAGAGUCUGAUAUAUGCCCUGAAACAGGGAUGGAUAGGCGGCGCCAUUUUGGAUGUCCACAACAAAGAACCGGUGCCUAUCAACAGCCCUCUGUGGGGGAUUCAGGGAGUGACGAUCACCCCCCAUGUAAGCUGUUCUACUACCGGCAUUUCGAUGUUGACUGAUGCGUAUAUAGAAAACCUUCAGAAAUAUCUCCAGGGGAACGAUCUCCGAAAUCAAGUUGACCUCACCAAAGGAUAUUAACAGACUCCCACGUGACCUAAACAGGGCCUUUACUGCUAAUAAAUAAUCUGAAAUAGCUUUUUAAAUAAAAUAAACCGCACUC